AUGUUCACGUUCACUUUAUUGACCCUGGGAGAGUCUGACCCCUCUUUCAAGGCGUCUCUAAUGAACUUUGAUAAUGAGAUACGAAUUCUUGCCGAUCCAGGUUGGAAUGGUGAAAACCCCGAUGACUGUCUUUUUAUGGAAAAGCAUUUGAGCGACGUUGACCUUUUACUUUUAUCGCAAUCCACUCCGGAAUUCAUUGGUGGGUAUAUACUUCUUUGUAUGAAGUUUCCAAGCUUGAUGUCAGCUAUCCCCGUUUAUACGACAGUCGCCAUAAGUCAACUAGGAAGAGUUUCGACUGUUGAGUUUUAUAGAUCCCGUGGGCACUUGGGACCAUUACAAUCUGCAUUCAUGGAGGUAAGCGACGUGGAUGAGUGGUUUGACAAGAUGACGCUGGUGAAGUAUUUCCAGAACAUGACAGCUCUCGAGAAUAGAAUUCUUCUUACAGCAUAUAAUUCCGGCCAUACUCUCGGUGGCUCGUUUUGGUUGAUUACCAAACGGCUAGAAAAAAUUAUUUACGCCCCAACAUGGAAUCACUCUAAAGACUCUUUUCUAAACAGCGCUAGUUUCCUUUCGCCAACCACAGGAAGUCCCAUUUCGUCGCUAGUUAGACCAAGUGCUAUCAUCACUAGUACUGAAUUGGGUUCGAAUAUGUCACACAAGAAAAGAAUGGAGAAGUUCCUACAAUUAGUGGAUGCCACGCUUGCAAAUGGAGGCGCUGUUCUUCUUCCCACCACUAUUUCUGGCCGGUUUCUAGAGCUUUUACGCAUCAUUGAUGAGCAUUUAGCAAAUUUGCAAGGAGCUGCUAUACCCGUUUACUUUUUGUCAUACUCUGGGACGAAAGUAUUAAGUUAUGCAGCAAACCUCCUUGACUGGAUGUCAUCUCAAUUGAUUAAAGAAUAUGAGGGUAUCGCUGCCGAAGAUAGAGCUUACAGUAGGGUUCCAUUUGAGCCAUCCAAGGUUGACCUUCUUCUGAAUCCACAAGAACUCAUUCAACUUCCGGGUCCAAAGAUUGUAUUCGCGUCCGGUAUAGAUUUUAAAGACGGAGACAUGUCUACUCAAGCAUUGCAGCUUCUAUGUCAAGAUGAGAAAACAACAAUCAUUCUAACUGAAAAAUCGUCUUUUGCAAGAGAUAAUACAUGUACAACCGACCUUUUUCAAGAAUGGUAUACUCUUGCAAGUGCGAAGAACAACGGAGUGGCUGAGGAUGGAGUUCCUGUUCCGUUAGAAAAGGCUAUUCCUCUUACAUCAUGGACUAGAGAAGAAGAGCUCAAAGAUGUAGAGCUCCAAAGGUUCAAAGAAAAGGUGGCGCAGGCUAGAAGACAGAAACUUCUUAAUAAAGUCAGGGACAAGAAGAACAAAAACAUUUUAAAUGCGGACUUGAAUUCUGAUGAUUCAUCUUCUGAUGAAGACGAAAUAUCAACUGAUGAGGAAGAGAAAGGAAUCGAAGCUAAUGUUAUCUCUUCCACGACAGCUAAUGGUCAAGCCGAUGCCACUUCCGUUCUUAAUUCGCAUGAGGUUUUCGUGACUGACUAUGUCACUGAGAACCUUGAAGCUAAUAAGCCCGUGGACACACGCGUAUCUUAUAAGCUAAAACCACGUCAAGCAAUGUUUCCUUUCUUUCCAUCCAGUAAGAAAAGAAAGCACGACGACUAUGGUGAGGUAAUCGACCCCAAAGACUUCCAAAGGUCUGACGAGAAUAGUGCAAAUAAUAAGCUCAUCAUUGAAAGUAAGAAAAACUUCGAGCUCAAUGAUAAGGGAAAGUGGGGUGAAGCUGAUUCUUAUGAGAGAGGAAGAAGGAACUUCAAGCGUGGCCGUGAUGGCCAGAAUAACAAUGCCAAUAAGUUGACUCCCCAAGAAAUCUUGAAUAACCAACUUCUCCAAAAAACACUUGACACUCUUUUCCGUCCUGUAAAGAGGGUGCCUAUUGGACCUGCGUCCGUAAUGGCCGCUCGCUCUGUCGAGUUGAAGGUGCGGUGCGGAUUAUCAUUUGUUGACCUUGCUGGCUUAGUCGACUUACGCUCAUUGAGCAUGAUUUUAUCAGCCUUACGCCCUCAAAAUUUAAUAAUGCUUCCGGAUGCUACCUACAAUCCACAAUUCAAGGAGGAAUUGGAUGGAUUGGUUCUUGUUAACAAUGCGUUCCACAAACAAUUAGAGAACCAUAAAAGCAAAGCCUUUUCAGAUUCCAUAAACACAAGCUCAAACUUUGAUUUACUCGCCUUGGCCAGAAGAGGGAUAAGCAAAGGCGUGUCUAGUGAGAUGGCAUUAUUUGUGGCAAAAGGAAACGAAACUCUACAGAUAGGUACAAAGGGCCACGGUACUUUGAGUGAAUUUGAGGUGAAGCUAGAUGAGCAGUUAGAUGCUUCUCUUGUAUGGCAGAAGAUUGAUGGUGGCUACAAAGUAUCUCAAAUCCAAGGUGAGUUGGAAAUUUAUCAACCAGAAGGGGUUCAAAAUGACUCUGUCGAUAAGAUCAUCAAUUCCGCUACUCAAUUUGUGUUGAAGCCCGUUCUGAAUCCAGUUUUUGAGCUGCUCAAGAACGCAAACACUGAAGAUUCUUUGCAGGGAUCUCGUGGAGAUUUUGGGCCUGCAUUGGCAAUUGGUGAUAUCAGGCUUACAGAAUUAAAAAAGAAAUUGUUGAGUCGUGAUUUGAACGCCGAGUUCAAAAGUGAAGGUACUUUGGUUGUCAACAACGCAAUUGCCAUUAAGAAGAUCUCUGUGGAUAACUAUCAAGGUGAUGAUACAGGGGACAUUGCCAUUGAAGGACAAAUUGGUCCUUUAUACUAUGAGGUUAAAAACUGCAUUAGAGAAAUGCUCGCGUAUGUAUAA